UUGUUGCUAAUAUUGUUAUUAUUUAUAAUAUUACUUUGAUUCAUUACUCAACAACCGACCUUAGCUCAGUUGGUAGAGCGGAGGACUGUAGUGUCUGCAGCUUAAUCCUUAGGUCGCUGGUUCGAAUCCGGCAGUUUUUAGGAGAUGAGGACUCAGUGAUCCAAGUCCAGGCCUUCAAUAUCAAGAUUUCAAAGGAGUUGAACAAUUGCUGAGAGUGAAGAGAGCAGUUUCUGCAAAAAUGAGUGACAAUUUGAAGGAAAAAGUGAAUCAAUUAGGCGAGCGGUUGAAGAUUGGGGGGUCUGAGGUGGGGCAAAAACUUAGUGCUGGAAUGAGCUCGAUGAGUUUCAAAAUGAAGGAAUUUUUCCAAGGCCCUAGUCAGACAGACAGUCUGAUUGAGGAAGCCACGGCUGAGACUCUGGAUGAGCCUGAUUGGGCCACCAAUCUCGAACUCUGCGACAUGAUCAGCAAUGAAAGGGUUAACAGUGUGGAGUUCAUUAGGGGCAUAAAGAAAAGAUUUAUGUGCAAGAGCCCUCGGGUUCAGUACUUGACUCUGAUGUUGCUUGAGACCUUCGUGAACAACUGCGAGAGGGCAUUCUCUGAGGUCGCAGCUGAGAGGGUGCUUGAUGAGAUGGUGAAGUUGAUCGAGGACCCUCUCACAGUGAUCAAUAAUCGGAACAAGGCUUUGAUAUUGAUUGAAACGUGGGGACAACCUUCAAACGAGUUGCGUUAUUUGCCUGUCUAUCAAGAGACUUGCAAGAGUUUGAUAGCAAGGGGAAUAAGGUUCCCUCGUCGCGAUAUUGAGAAUCUCAGUAAUUUAUUUACUCCUCCAAGGUCAGUGGCAGGUUCUGACUCCCUAGAACUUUGUCAUGAAAUCCCUGCACAAAGAUUUUCAGCUGAACAGACGAAGGAAGCAUUCGAUGUGGCAAGAAAUAGUAUAGAGCUUCUGAACUCUGUUUUAUCAUCUUCCCCAGCGGAGGAUAUUCUUCUGGAUGAUCUGACGAUCACCCUUGCAAGGCAAUGUCGCGAGUCUCAGUACACUGUUCAGAUGAUCAUUGAAACUGCGGGGGAUAAUGAGGCGCUGCUAUUCGAAGCACUGCAUGUGAAUGAUGAGAUUCAAAAAGUUCUAUCUAAAUAUGAAGACAUGAAAAAAUCUUUGGUGCCUCAGGAACCACAGCCGGUGGCUGUCGAACCUGAUGAUUUAGCUGGUGCAGAGGAAGAGGAAGCUUUGAUCAGAAAACAACACAAUGAUCGGAGUGGAGUCCGUGGAAGGAGCAGCAACUUGAUGGAUGAUCUCGAUAACAUGAUUUUCGGAAAGACGUCUAGUAGCUCAUCAGAAGCACCAAAAGAAAAGCAGCCUACAAAAGAUGAUCCCGUUGCCAAUUGAGUGCGAGAUAUCACGCUCUUGCUGUCGCCUAUCGGCGUAGAUCUGUCGACGUAUUCUCUCUAUCGGCAUAAAUCAUCUCCAGCAGCGUAAAUCUUCUCACUGUAAAACUAAGCGAGGCUGCCGGAGCCGGAGCCAUAAAUCCUCCUCCAUAGCCGCUACAUCCCUGCAAAGAAUAUCUGAACGAGACGAGGUUAGUUAUGCGCUAUGAAUUACGAUUUAUGCACUCGGCAUUGUGAUUUAUGCGUGUACAUUUGUUGAGAUUAAUUAUGCAAAUCUCAUGUUAAGAAUAGAGUAAUGUGUAUUGAUUUGGUAAGAUUAGUUAUGCGAAUAAUUCACACACUAUACAAACU